UAGCGCACACACGAGAAAGUUUGCUAGGAAUUUUAUGUUUAGUUCUGAAUACGAUUGAAUAUUUACAAAGAAUUGGGCUACCGGAAGCGUCUUAAAUAAACAAUCGGCAACCUAGCAUUUGAUUAUUAAUUAUGAUUUUUAGAAUUCUAAUAUAAAAACAGAUGACAGGCAGAACAUUUUCGUUUCUUGUAAAUUUUUGAUGAGCAGAAACUUUUUAGACCAUUCCCAUACCAUUUGAGAACUUAACUGGUUAUUCUUUAAUUUCCAUUUAGUUGUUUAUAUUUCCUUCUGCAGUAGAGUGAAUAACACAUUACAUGUCUAAAGAUGUCACAUUUAUCUCUUAAUCAGUACCUUAGCAAAGUUGAUAACUAUCUUCAGUCAUCUGAUGGAAUAAAAGUUGCUGAAUAUCUCUCCAUCCAAGAUGCUCAUGUUAUGAGCUCCAAGAUUUAUUCAUCCAAUCCUGACUCUAGUGUAAAGAGAAUUUUUGAUCCUCCAUGGGAUGAAGUUGUUCUUUUGCAUGUCAGGUGUAUUCAAGAAAUGCAUGAAGGAAACUAUGUAGAAGCCUAUAAACACCAUUUUGCUCUUGUUCAAACAUUUACCAAAAUCUUACAAACACAAAAAGAUGAGAACUGGGGCUUACCAAUUAUGUAUACUCUUUGCUUGGAUUUGAGAAAGCUUGCAACUAAGGCUGAUUUGCAAUUGGACAAAAAGGAAAAACCAAAUGAAAUGUUGGAGAAGGGAGCUGAUCUUUUGAUGGGAUUUUUUCGAAUUUGUGUUGGUGAUAACCGAUCAUCUACUGAAGAUUCUAAAAGAUGGGGUAUCCUAAAUUUAACUAAUCAACUCUUUAAAAUCUAUUUUAAAGUAAACAAACUUCAUCUCUUGAAGCCUUUAAUCAGAGUAAUAGAGAGUUCAAAUCUUAAAGAUCAGUACCCUGUAGCUCAAAGAGUAACCUAUAAAUAUUUUGUUGGGCAGCAACAAAUGUUCCAGAGUAAAUUUAAGUUGGCUGAUGAAAAUUUGACGUUUGCAUUUCUGCAUUGCCACAGAGGAUCCAAAAGAAAUAAACAGCUGAUUUUAAUUUUUCUCAUAACAGUGAAAAUGGUCUUAGGUGUAAUGCCAUCCAUGUAUUUGCUUCAGAAGUAUGACCUUAUGCAAUUUGCUGAAGUUGCAAAAGCUGUUAGAGAUGGUGAUUUACAAAGAUUUGGAAAUGCGCUGGAAGCAUCGGAAGACUUUUUUAUUAAAUGGGGAAUUCGUCUUGUGCUAGAAAAACUAAAAAUAAUAAUUUACAGGAAUCUUUUCAAGAAAGUAUACCUUUUACUCCAAACUCAUAUUAUACCAGUUGGAGCUUUUAAAGCUGCUUUAAAUUUUAGAAAAGAAUAUCAAGAUGAUGAUCCAAUUGAAGAAGAAGAAGUCUUGUGCAUUUUGUCAAACCUUAUACAGGAAAAUAAAAUGAAAGGCUACAUCUCAUAUCAGCAUCUAAAAGUUGUUUUGAGUAAACAAAAUGCCUUCCCACCCCUCUCAUCUUCAUCAGAGUAAAAAGAUCUCAUUCCACACACUCCUUUAGAACAUCACUUAAUGUAUUUUGAAUUAUCAAUCAUAUAUUUUCAUUAAAAAAAUAAAAACUUUUUUUAUAUCACA